AUGCAAAAGAUAUUACGAGCGGAUGAAAUUACAAAAAUACAAGUCCUUGGAAAAGGCAAGAGGAAGAGGAUAGAAAUGAUAUUCUCAGAGAGUGAAGACAGUGACCUGGAUAAAGAACAGAGAGAAACAUAUUCAGGGAGCAACUUUCUGUACAGUGAAAGUAGCAGUGAUGAUGAAGAGCCUUUAUUUCAACUAUCCAAGGUAGAACUUUGUGCCAAAAUAAAAAGUCUCAAGAGGAAGCUGACAGACACCAUGAGAGAAAACUGCCGCCUAAGGCAGUCCCUGGUGAUGCUUCAAGUGUUGCCACAGGCAGUCACCCAUUUUGAGGAACUGGUAGGGAUGGCUGAAGCACUGCUCAAAGGGGGAGUAACAUCAUCUACAUCCAGUCUGCAUUCACAUGCUGUUUGGAAAGCAUCUAACAAUCCGUUAGCAGAUUCCUACGCAGCUAUGCAUAGUAACUCCAGCUCACCAAUAACUCUGAAUGUGGAAGAUGAAGAGCAACAGACUGAAAAACAGUUCAAGAUCGAAAAGUGGCAGAUUGCACUUUGUAACAAGAGCAAACCUCAAAAGUUUAUAAAUGACUUGAUGCAAGCACUUUACACACAUGAAUACAUGGCUACACACAGCCUGACAGGUGCAAAGUCCUCCUCUUCAAAGGAUAAAGCAGCGAAACCAGCUAUGAAUCAGAAUGAAGUUCAGGAAAUCAUAGGAAUCACAAAACAGUUGUUUCCAAACACAGAUGAUGCUUUAAUUAGGCGAAUGAUGGGACAAAAACUGAACAAUUGCACCAAGAAGCCAAUUUUAAGCAAAGAUCUUAACUCAGGUGCUUUUCAGAAGCAUAGCUUUUGUGGUUCAACAGCUGCUCCUCAGGGCAUCAUGUCUUCGGCUGUUCCUCCCAGCACACAAGACCAGCAGGAUGAUGAUUCACCAGCUGCUAAUGCACAAAUUCAGCAAAGGGACAGCCCUCUGACUCCUCCACCUCCCACCACACAAGGUCAGCAGGAGUGUUUCAAACCCACUUCUUCUAAGGUGGAGUCUCAUCUCGCCAGAAGCUCACCAGCACCCUCGCCCAACCAGGGUUGCGGACUGGAUCUCAGGAAUUCAGACAAGGAAUAA